AUGUCCCGUCUCGCGCAGCGCGGCGGCACUGCUGCCGCCACCAUCUCCACGACUGCACUACCUAUGCCCUCCGAUGACGCUAUAUGUCCAGUAUGCAAAGCGUCACGAUACUGGAACUCCCAGGUGCCGAUGUUGAUGAACCCGGAGUGCUACCACAAGAUCUGUAAGGAGUGCGUGGACCGAUACUUUUCGCAUGGACCUGCGCCGUGUCCAGUUGCAGGAUGCGGGAAGACACUACGGAGAAACCGGUUCCGGAAGCAGACGUUUGAGGAUCUGCAGGUGGAGAGGGAGAUUGACAUUAGGAAGUGGCUUGCUGGAAUCUUCAACCGUCGAGAAGACGAGUUCGACUCGCUAAAAGACUACAACGACUACCUCAACCAAGUCGAAGACUGGACCUACAACCUAAUCCAGAACAUCGACGUCGAGGCUACCAAGAAGCAAAUCAACGCCUACAAAGAAGCGAACCAAAAAGACAUUGCCGAAAAUGUCUCCCUCGCGAACCAAGAGCAUCUCACAUACGAGCAGCGCCAGGCCGCCGAGAAGCAACAAGCGCGGCUACGGCGUGAGGCCGCCCGCCGCGAAGCCGAGGAGGAGCGCCGGAUCAAGGAAGAGGGCAGGAACAGCAUACUAAACAAAGUCGCAUCCGGCGAGGCGAAUCUUAGGGACACCAACAGAGUCGAGCUCAAGCGCGCCUCAGGGCGAGGACCAGCUAAGCCGCAGUUAACCGAUCCUUUCCUGGAAGAUGCAUCUAAGGGUGCAGCAAGCCCUGGCUUCCAGAUCAAAGGCCUGAAGAAGCGCGUGCAAGUUGCGCCUGAGGCACCGUUUGAUCCCUUUGAGGGCUUGUUAUACAAGCCGCAGUAUCAUGUUGUCCGGGACAACUACCCCUGGGACUUUUUGGACAGCACGCGGAAGGAUAUUAAACAUGCGGCGGGUGGCUAUGACGUUGCGCAAUACUGUGCUCGGGCUUUAUGCGAUGCCUUCUCAGGUCUGGGAGUGUUCAUCGAAGACGAGAUUGCGGCAAGGGAGGGGCCGCCUGCGCCGGAAGUAGUAGAACAAGCGGCUGCCGAGGCGGCCACGAGCGGCAUAAGCGUGGAUCCAAAGAUAAAAGAUGAUGUUUUCUGA